CCUGCCUCUCCCAGCCUCCGGUUGCAGUCCUUCGUUUGUUCAUCAACCGUUUUGUGUUGCCCACGUUCAUUCCUUCAAAAAACCCAUUCAAGAUGAGGACCUCCACCGUCGCUCAGUCCCUCCUCCUGACGGCCACCGGCGUCGCCGCCGCCGGCCGCUACUGCUCGUGGCCCAUCCAGCGCACCAUCAGCAGUGUCGAGCCCAUCUGGACGGCGCCGGAGCUCGUGGCCGGCGUCUUUGUCGGCCCGUCCUCCACCACCGGCACCAUUUCUUCGGGCUACACCUUCACCAAGUCGUGGACCAUCACCGGCGGCGUGACCGGCUCGGCUUCUCUGCCCGGCAUCGGCAGUCUCGGCGUCUCGGCGUCUUACGGCACCACCACCGCCCAGGGCACGUCCCUGACCGUCAGCGUCUCGUGCCCCGCCAACGUCCGGUGCGGCAUCAUGGCCUCGACCUACGUCCUCAAGGUUACCGGCACCGAGACCCUCUUCAGCUGCGGCAGCCCCGACAAGUACGACACGACUUUCCCGUGCCGCGACUCGGCGCCUAAACAAUGUCCAAACACCGUUUGGGGCGUGACCCCUGGCCAGACCAAGCCCUUUACCGCUUAUCUCCCGCUUGCCCAGAGCAAAUCCAACGUCAACCAGCUGCUCUCCGUCAACUACAAUGCCUGCACGGCCGGCACGCCCUACCAGGGCAUACAGCCUUGCCCCGGCUACUAAAGAAAGAAACGAAAGGGAGUCAGGCCCAAAAAUUACGGGAAUGCUGGCGAGCAGCGAAGAUGGCGGCGGAUUCACGCGCCUCCUGCCCAGAAUCUGUCCAUCAUCAAAAAGAUCUUGGUGGAUAAUAUUUAAUAAUAGG